AUGGAGAGAGAUCCGAGGAGAGGCAGCAAUAUCACUGCCUCAAUUGCUAACCUUCCAGAAUCAUUGUUGGGCGAUCAACCAUCACCACCACCAGGAGGAGGAGGCAGGGCGUUUCCAACCAUGCCUGGGUCGGAGUUUGCCCGAUCCAUUUACGCCGACCCGGCCAGAAGGGAGGUAGAGCAGUUGAUUGAGGAGCUUAACGAUCGUCGUACCCGAGAACAGGCUCUACAAGGUCUCUCUAAGCUGAAGGAGGUUCCUGACGUGGCUCUAUUACUGUGGCAUACCAGUGGUCUCAUGUUUAUGCUCCUAAGGGAAAUAACUGGUGUAUACCACCUGAUGUCAACCCCAAAUCUUACUCAGGAAGUAUCAAACCGAGUUUGCAAUACCAUAACUCUGUUUCAGUGUAUAGCUUCUCAUCUAGAGACAAGAAAGCCAUUUAUCAGAGCUAGCAUGCCAUUGUAUCUCUACCCUUUCAUUGGCACUGAGAACAAGGACAAGCCUCAUGAAUAUCUCAGACUAUCCAGCUUAGGUGCUCUUGGGGCCCUAGUGAAGGGUCACCCACCAAGUAGAGACGAAGUUGAUCCAGAAAUUAUACAUUUCCUCCUAGAAAGCCAGGUAUUUUGCCACUGCAUCCGCUGCAUGGAAGUUGGCGGUGUAUUGUCAAGAACUAGGUUUGAGAAUAUUUAUGUUCCUUUGAAUGUGCCCGCACAUGUUCUGCAGGUGGCUACAUUUGUAGUUGAAAGAAUUCUGACAACUGAUGAGGGACUCAACUACUGCUGCAAUUUCGGGGAUCGGUUUUAUGUAGUAACUCAUGUUCUUGGAAAGAUGACUGAUAAGCUUCUUGAAGAACCUUCUGCCCGCCUGCUUAAACUUAUCAUAAAGUGCUUUCUUAUACUGUCGAGAGGUCCAAGGUAUGCAAUGACUAAUGAGAUUAUUCUCAAUAGUUAA